UGUUACAGGUACCGCAGUGCUAACCAGCGCCGAGCAUACGGUGUAGGUAGCGGCACAUGGCGGUGGUGUGUGAGAGCGCAGCAGGCUGGCUGCUGGAUGAAUUAGCGCUCGUCAAUCAGUGGUACCGGCUCGGAGGGGGGCUCGGCUACAGGUUAAGAGAUGAUUUCUUCAGGCUCUCUAAACCUUACUUCUCCCUGGCACCUACUGAAACCUGUGCCCCGAAAAGCGACAGCCAAGACCACAGCGCCACCAGCCGGUGCAGAAAGAAACGCAAACAAUCAAAUACUUAUAACCAAGGGGAGCUGGAUGCAUUGGAGUAUCACAAAAAGAUAAGUAAUCUUAUUUUAGAAGGAUCACGACCGCUGAUUCAAGAAGGAUUUAAGCGAGGGCUGCUUCACCCACCCUCAGGGACAGAAGAAGAAAAAUGUAAAAUGGUGUCAGAAGCAUAUAGCAACAAAAGCGUCUUGGCUGAUCUCUGUGAUAUGACCAAGGAUAUGCCUUGUGUUUCUUUGCCUGAAUAUUCUGUGAAUGUUCUUGACACAGGAUGUCAAUUUCCUCAAGAUGGUGACUAUUUAUCCCACAUUACAGAAAACCCUUCAGAUUGUCCGCAAAUCAUUAACCUAAUGGGUGAGAAAUAUCUCCUACCACCCAGAAGUAGCUUUCUACUAUCAGAUAUUUCAUGCAUGGAACCCCUACUGCAUGAUAAAAAAUACAGCAUCAUUGUUAUUGAUCCACCAUGGAAAAAUAAAUCCGUCAAGAGGAGUAAGAGGUAUAAUGCUUUAUCUCCCUUGAAAAUUAAAGAACUUCCUAUACCUGCCUUGGCUGCCCCGGAUUGCCUUGUGAUAACUUGGGUGACUAAUAGGCAGAAACAUUUGAGAUUUGUGAAGGAAGAACUGUAUCCUCAUUGGUCUGUCAGAAGUUUAGCAGAAUGGCACUGGGUAAAGGUAACUCAGUCUGGAGAAUUUGUGUUUCCCAUUGAUUCAGUCCAUAAAAAGCCGUAUGAGAUUCUCGUAGUAGGAAGACUUAUGAGCUCCGAAGAUUUCACAGCAAGGGAGUUGGAGACGGUCUUGCCGCCUAUUCCAGAACAUAAGAUUCUAGUCAGUGUGCCCUGUAGCCUCCAUUCCCACAAACCACCUCUUUCUGAGGUUUUGAAAGAAUUUGUCAAGCCAGAUGUGGGAUGCUUGGAGCUGUUUGCCCGUAACCUGCAGCCGGGAUGGACUAGCUGGGGCAAUGAGGUCCUGAAAUUCCAGCACGUGGACUAUUUCAUUUCCACCAAGACUGGAAACUGACUUGGCUCUAUUAGCUUUACAGGAGUUUUUUUUAUACAUUUGAAUGACUUUUUAUUACCAACAGCACACUUAAGCAUCUGUGUAAAUAGAAUUGGACAUGUUGCAAUAAGAAAUCCUUGGCGUGGGUGACUGAGUGCAACCUGAAUUCUAUUGUCUUAAGACGAACAGAUUGUCCUUUGGUUGGCUUUAGAAAGCUUUACUGUGAAAUGAAAAAGAAAAUUGCGUUCAAACCCUUUAUUUACCGUGGUGCAGCCUAGUUUCCUGGCAGUAUAAAGGUUAAUUGUCUAGCCUAUAAGGGAAUAUAUAAAAAGAAGCUGCAGAAGAAUAGAAUGAGAGUAUAGAUGCUGAUCUAUGCCAGCAACACAAGUCCACAUAGGCAUCUCAAUAAUAUUGCAAAAUACUAUAUAUUUCCCAGAUGAAUUAAAUGACAAUUUUUUUUAUAGUCCAUUCCAUUUUACAGGUUUCUAGAACAACAUGUUAAGUGUGAAGAGAUCUCAGGAAAACAAUGAUCUUGUCAGUAGUCCAUAUUUCUAUAUCUCCAUUAUACUUAUAUAUGGCCAGUGUUGCUUAGAUUGCGUUACACACAUUUUUCAUAUUUAAAUGCAUCCCUCACGUGAAAUUGCUGAAGUAAAUAAUAUUAAGCGGACCCAUUGUCUCUCCUGAGAUGUCUGUAUUAGUAAAUAUUUGCAUUCCUCAUUAAAUAACAAUUUCUGCGUUAUGUCAUUUCUCAACUGUUCCCCCUGUAAAACUAUUAAGAUACUAAAAAGUGUGUACCCAUAUCAGUGAAGCGUGUCUCUCCACACUCUGGUAUUGUGCAUUCAAAGUGAGCAUUCAGCUUGUUCAUUUAUUCCCAGAGGAUUAAUGCAGAGCUGUACAAAAAGGAUGGUUACAUUAUAGGGAAUGCAAGUAUUUACAAAAACAAACAUGUCAGGGGGGCUAACUGGUGCUCUUCAAGUUUAGUGUGUUAGGCCUCAUGCACAGGACUGUAUGCAUUUUGCGGUUUGCAAACUGCGUAUCAGAAAACUAUGGAUACAGGCUGUACGCAUGCUGCAUUUUUCGCUCGCCCAAUAGUAGAAAUGAUUAAUGUUGUUCGCAAAAACGGACAGGAAUAGGACAUGUCCUAUAAUUUGCGGUAUAGACACGUGGAUGUAGAUGACAUCCAUGUGCUGUUUGCAUUUUUGUGGUCCCAUGGAAAUUAAUGAGUCUGCAUCUGAACCACAAAAAUGAGGAUCGGACGCGGACCAAAAAUUCAAUCAUGUGCAUGAGGCCUUCUAUACCAAACCGCUCAUAGGGUAUUGAGAUGGUUGUAAUACGGCAGGAGAUGUAGAAUUGGUGCCAACAAUGGCUUUGGAUAACAUCAGGACAAAACAGGCAAACUUUUCUUAAAGUGUAACUGCCAUUCUAUUUUUAUUUGCGUAAUGUAUAGGGGCAGUGAU